AUGACUGUGACUGUGACUUUGACUGUGGCUGUGGCUGUGGCUGUGGCUGUGGCUGUGGCUGUGGCUGUGGCUUUGGCUGUGGCUGUGGCUGUGGCUGUGGCUGUGGCUGUGGCUGCGACUGUGGCUGUGACUGUGGCUGUGACUUUGACUGUGAUUGUGAUUAUAUAUAUAUAUAUAUAUAGUUGUGACUUUGGCUUUGACUGUGACUGUGACUGUGACUGUGACUGUGACUGUGACUGUGACUGUGACUGUGACUGUGACUGUGACUGUGACUGUGACUGUGACUGUGACUGUGACUGUAACUGUGAUUGUGAUUGUGGCUUUGCUGUGACUGUGACUGUGAUUGUGACUGUGACUGUGAUUGUGAUUAUGAUUGUGACUUUGGCUUUGACUGUGGCUGUGGCUGUGGCUGUUGCUGUGACUCUGACUGAACUGGUGGGCUUCCCCAUCACCCGUGCAUCGAAUAUGUAUUCGUCGUCUACGCCUCUGAUCAAAGCGGUGGUGCUGAGUGGUCUGUAUCCGAAUGUCAUUAGAGUGGUCAACCCCAUCAAGGGAGCGAAAGCCAAAGCGCCGAAGUUUUUCUGCGAUGACAAUUGUGGACUCACACCAAUGCCCGGCAGUGUGACCGCGGGCGAAAAGCACUUCAAUAAUCGAUGGCUGGCGUAUACGGGAAAGUUGAAAAUCUCAAGCGUGUACGCCGACAGUGUGUCCUCCGUCAGUACUGCAGCGCUGCUACUUCUCUGCGGAUCUCCUGAGAUGAUCAAGGUCCACGACUCAGCCAAGGGAGACAGGUUUGCGCUGGUGGUUGCGGGAUGGAUUGUUGUGGAGAUGUCUGAGCAUGACUGCCAAAUGAUGAUGGAAACGUGGAGCGCCACUCGCUUGACUCUCAUGAAUCUGAUCGCCGAUACGAAGCUGGACUUCGAGGAGACGCAUGUCAACAACUUAGUCUACUCCAUCGCCAAUCUCAUCCACCACUUUGAGAGUGGUAGCGAUGUUGUACCAGACCUUCGGAAAGACCCUGAAUAUGAUGGAGACUCGAUGCGGACAAUAAGCGCACCCUCUCAGAGGUCACAGGUGCACCCCAUACCCACUGAGUCGCCCAAGUACUCCUUUAGGCACCCGUUGCAGUUCGGUACAAGUGCAACACAAGGUCUGAAACGCAGUGCCUAUGGUACUGCCUAUGGGUUUGCUCCCAGUGCAGCACCGGAUCCGAAGCGUGGUGCCUAUGAGAGUGUUACCUCGAAUCUAUCUGGGCGGGGUGAUAGUAGUGGGUUGGUUGACGAGGAUUUGCUCGAGCUAUUAGGGGGCCAAGGCCGUUGAGGAACACGCUUGAAAUAGGACUUGGCUUGGAAGACAGAAGAGGGCCUCUUUGUCGGCUGGUCUCUCCUCAGAAGACCGCAGUGGAACGAGAUGCGCACUUCAAAAUAGACUUUUGACUGGAUGGGAUAUCUGCAUGGGAUAUACUUAACGGAAUGGCGCCACGGGCCGGAGGGUAGCGCUUGUCUGCAAUACUGUGACUACUUUUCGUUUCCGUUAAACUAUCAAGGGGGUGUUUUAGCCGUACACAUUCAAUCAUCUGAAUCGUGUAUAUAUCAGAGAUUCCCUAAACCCCUAAAACCCUGUGCAUCUCCGGUCUCGUGUUCGGCCGAGUGCGGCGGCUACUUGUACCAUGCAGAACGACACCGUCUGAUCCAUGGCGUCCGAUUGGUCCAGGUUUAAAAAUGGAUUAUUAAUUGUAUGCCGGUUUGUCGUUAGGUUGGGCGCGCGAUCAAGGUAGUAGCUCCGUUUAUGUCGAUACGUUAUCCGUAGACGCAGCCUUCACCCCAGCAUACACUGCCACGUGUAUGUAUGUGUCCGAUGAACCGUAAGGCAUCGGAUUUUGGGUUUUAAGGGUUCGUUAAAUCGACAGGUGCGAUAUCCGCCUCAUCAUAUUUCGUCGCGUCCAUGUCGGCAAGCCAUUUCGGAUUUGUCAUCGGACCGAUUGCAAGUUUCAGGUGCAAAUUGCAGAUGCAACAUACAUCCGAACAUGUACUAGACAUCCUUGCCCCACAAGCCAUUGCGAAUCUACAUCGAACGAACAAUAAGUAGAUGGGUUCGAUAGACUGGUCUUUGUGGCAAGGUAACAACCACCUGCGAUUAUAAAGGAACGCAAUAUAUGCUUCAAUACCAAGUAUGAAAGUUUUACGAUGAGCACGUACACGUUUGACCGUGCCGCUGAGGUACACUGUUUGGCGGCAUCAUUCGUCGCCGGCUGGCGAGCCGUCAAAUAUAACUAUAAGCUAAAAUAGUAGGUAAAAUAAAAACCAACCCAAACUGAGAGUUCGGUACACGCAUG